AUGGCCGUCACUGGAGCCGAAGCCGGGCAUCUGGUCCAUUAUGACACAAUCGUUCUUGGCGCAGGGAUCGCGGGGCUCGCAUUCACAUCCCGAAUACUCCAGACAAAUUACACGGUGAGUAGGGCAGACCGAGUACGGAUACUGGAAGCUCGCGACAGGAUCGGUGGUCGUAUAGCUUCUGUUCAGGUUCAAGGCUGCCGCUUGGAUACGGGCGCCAACUGGAUCCACGGAACCGGCAAUGUGAAGAGACCAAAUCCGCUUAUGGACAUUCUCCCAGACAAGCGAUACAGGUCGAUGGAAGGAUCUGUCUUGUUUCAAACACCAGACGGAAAGCACGAUUCCACUAGCAGGAAUGGUGAGAUCACUGGGGACGGCCCGGAUCUGACAGCGCAAUCGACUUGCCCAACGACUGGGAUUCCAACGACGAACUUGGACCAAGGCUUGAUGAUCCCUGCUCGCCUGGCUAAACUGAUCGUUUCACGCGCUCAGAUCGCAAUUGGCGAGAUGCAAGACCUUUCCACUACUAUUCCCACCAAAGCAGCAAAGCACAUGUCCGCCCUGCGGGCGCUGGUAAACGCGAAGUCCUUCCAGAAAGCAUUUGAUCUCGUACCCAAGGAAUAUCAUCGUACUCUGGGUGCUUUAUUCCAAGGCAUAGAGAAUAUGGAGGCUGCUCCGCUUCUUGCACAAACGACGGAGCCCGGACGUCCUGAGAGUGAACCAGGCGUAGGACUGCUGGAAUAUGCAGUCAACGACUUCGAUGGCGAGCAAGCAUUCCUCCAGGACGGAUAUUCACCUAUCAUUGAAGAGAUCGCCAGGCCGCUUUUGGAGGCUGGCGUUAUAGCGCUAGAGACCGUUGUGACGCGAGUCGACUGGACCAGAAAGCCCAUUGUCAUUGAGACGAAUCGAGGAGUUUUCACCGCCGGUGAGAUCGUGUGCACCAUACCUCUCGGUGUAUUGAAAGACAACAGCAAGCACGGAUUUUUCGUGCCGGAACUACCAGCCGACAAGAAAGAGGCGAUUGAACAUCUUGGCUUUGGCACGCUUGACAAGAUAUUUGCAACGUACUCUAGGCCUUGGUGGAAUGACGAGCCGUAUCGCUCUAGUAUCAGGAAAGGCCUCAUUCGAACAGAAGAUCGGGCCGAGAAUGAUCCGCCCGAUGUCUUCAUGGGAUUCACCUCGGAAUUGAGUGGUAUAUCUAUCGAUCGCAACGGCUCUGUAUCUCCAGAUGUCUAUCGACUACCAAUCAUGAACCUUCAGGCAUUAACUGGUCAACCUGUUCUUUGCGCUUUUGUCUCCUGCAAAACCGCUACUACGGUCGAAGCAAUGAACGACCAAGAUGUUAGCAACAUGUUCCACAGGGUUCUUAGCCAGUGGUUUGGAGCAGAGACUCCAAGGCCCGAUGCUGUUCACGUCACGCGGUGGGCACAGGAUCCUUUUUCGAGGGGCUCCUACAGUCACAGUAUCACCGGGCUAUCUGAAGCCAAGCAAAGAAAGACACUUCAGAAGCCUGUAACGAAUGAAGAUGGUGGUGUGCUGAGGUUUUCUGGCGAGCAUUGCUCUCAGGAUCACUUUGCCAUGGUUCAUGGUGCCCUGUUGGACGGUUGGAGAGCAGCAGAUGCGUCGUUGCAGUAUGGUGAUGAUGUCAAUAUGCGCGGCUAG